AUGGCCUCAACAUUAGAGGAAAUCUGGUACCUCAGAAAUUCUGUUCUGCACUCGAAGUCUCCGCUGGAACUGCAUGUUUCUAUUCAGUGGAUUCAAAGAAGAUGUCAAGAAUACAUGGUUACAUGCCCUUUAUCCCCUUCCCAACCGAUGCCUCAUGAUCCGACACGUUGGGCUCCACCCCCACCUGGUUGCAUUAAACUCAAUGUUGAUGCGGCCUUAUCGAGCUCUAAGGCAGCCGUAGUAGUUGUUGCAAGGGAAUGUUCUAGCGCCGUCUGUGGUGUUUGGGCCAAAACCAUCUCCCUCCGUUCACUGCUCCAAGCUGAAGCUGAAGCGAUCCUAUGGGCUGUCCAGAUUGCUUUAAAGGAAGGGUGGAGCUAUGUUUCAAUCGAAGGGGACUCUAAGACCUGUACGGAUUAUCUAUCUCUGCUUAAGACUGAUCUGGAGUGGUCCAUCCGAACCAUCAUCUCUAACGUGGCUGUGUUAGCAAAGUCUUUGGCUAAUUGUUCUUUUGUUUGGGUUAGAAGGUGUUGUAAUUCUGCAGCACAUGUAGCUGCUAAAUUUGCUUUAUGCUCCUUUUUGUCUUUUCUUUACUUCAAGGAUUAUCUUCCUCCAGCGAUUUUAGCUGUUUGUAUGGAAGAGUCCAAACUGUGUUCCUAG